AUGCCCGGCAUCGCUCGCAAGGUCGUCAUUUGCGCGGCGAUCGACGGCCUCAUCGUACAGCCUCUGUCCUCCAAAGGGCAGCGCCCUGCGCAGCCCGUCCGCAUUGGAUAUGGUGACGGUGCCCUUUCCCCAGCGCCGCGGGAUCAACUCCCUGAUCUCACCAAGCCCAACGCCUCGUUCGAGGCUUUUGGUGUUGUGGGCCUGAUUACCCUUUCAAAACUGAAUUUCCUCAUUACAAUUACCCGUCGACACCAGGUCGCUCAAAUUCUAGGAUUUCCUAUCUACGUUGUCACCGAGGUUGCAAUUACACCAUGCGCCUCUCGCCAGGAAGCCGAGGAUGCCGUUCAUCGGACCUCCGUGCAGCUGCAGACCCGUACUGAUGAUACGGACACAGAGGACUCGGACAGCGAUAGUACCAUCGAGUUGAUGGCCCACGCUGUCGAUGAGGUCGACGAUCAGACGCAGUCAGAGGGCUCCAUCUCAGCAGGCGUUAAGAGCACCGUCGCCGAAGACGUCAUGAGUCGUAAGGGGGGCUAUGGUCGAUUCGCCCAGCGCUGGUUCAGCAGCUCCGGCUGGAUGCAGGGCCAGAAACGCAACGCUGGCUGGAGCUACACGACGACCGAGUCGCCUCGAGCUUCGAUGGACCAGCGCCCAGACCUGGAGCCCCCGGCGCCAUCGAAGGUGCCUCUGGAAGAAGAGGACGACAGAGUCAACGAAGCAAAGGCGUCUUCUCUGCUUCCCAAAUUGCUCCGAACCGCGCAAAUCCUUUACGGGUCAUCUAGGAGCUUCUUCUUCUCGUACGACGUAGACAUAACCAGGCACUGGGCGACUCGAGCACAAUCCCCAUCUGGUGAGCUGCCACUAUACCGUCGCGUCGAACCUACAUUCUUCUGGAACCGAAAUACUUCUCAGCCAUUCAUUGAUUCCGGAAACGAUGCGCUAGUUCUCCCACUCAUGCAGGGAUUCGUCGGGCAGAGGGAGUUUAUCAUGGAUAAGAGCCCACCGCAGCAUGACGAAGACGCGAAUAACGCACUGGAAAUGUCAAACAUGUCUGCUCCAACAUCUCCGCCAGGGUCGCCCCCUACAGAAGUGAUUCGCGGCUCCCUGGAUCUCCGGGGCUCGGAAAAGAAGUUCCUGAUUACGGUGAUUUCUCGGCGGUCCAUUAAGAGAGCCGGCCUCCGAUAUUUGCGCCGCGGUGUUGAUGAGGAUGGCCAUGUGGCCAACGCUGUUGAGACGGAACAAAUUCUGUCUAACUCUUCGUGGGAUCAGAGCUCUAAAAUUUACUCGUUCCUGCAAAUUCGCGGCAGUAUACCCCUAUUCUUCACCCAGAGUCCGUACUCAUUGAAACCUGCACCAGUCAUACAACACUCCACAGAGGCAAACUUUGAAGCCUCUAAGAAGCACUUCGAGCGCCUUCACCGAGAAUAUGGUAUGCUGCAAGUGGUCAACUUGGUGGAGAAACACAAUGUUGAGGCUACAAUCGGCAACGAAUACCAGCAUACUGUCGCGAAGCUAAACGAAACCGUCUUCAGCGAUCAUACUUCUCAAGUCCCGUUCGAAUGGUUUGAUUUCCACGCAGCCUGUCGUGGGAUGAAGUUCGAAAACGUCAGCCUCCUUCUGGAUGCCAUGAGGACCAAGCUUGAUGAGCUUGGGAGCACUGUCGAAAAGGAUGGAGAGCUGUUCCUUCGCCAACGUGGAGUGCUUCGGACAAAUUGCAUGGACUGUCUCGACCGGACAAAUGUUUGCCAGAGCUCAUUUGCAAAGUAUAUGCUGGAAUCACAGCUCAAGGCUGAGGGAUACGAUCUGAGCAUGCAAGUAGACCAGCAAUCUGCAUGGUUCAACACGCUGUGGGCGGACAACGGAGACUCCGUGUCGAAGCAGUACGCUUCUACGGCAGCCAUGAAAGGCGACUACACACGGUACAAGACUCGGAACUACAGAGGAAUGCUCAAUGAUCUUGGCUUCUCAUUGACAAGAUUUUAUAACGGCAUGGUCAAUGACUAUUUCAGUCAAGCUGCCAUUGACUUCCUCCUUGGCAACGUCACUUCCAUGGUCUUUCAAGAGUUCGAAGCUGAAAUGAUGACGAAAGAUCCCGCCAUGUCGAUGCUCAAGAUGCGUGAAUCAGCUAUCGAAUUAUGCCAGAAACGCGUCAUCUCAGACCAAAAAGAGGACUUUGUUGGCGGAUGGGUCAUGCUGAGCCCUCCAAUGUCUGACGUUGUCAAGUCACAGACACCCUUCGAAGAAGUGAUUCUCCUUCUCACAGAUGCUGCCCUUUAUCUCUGUCGCUUUGACUGGAAGCUUGACAAGGUAUCGUCGUUCGAACGUGUCGACCUCGCGCAUAUCGUGGGUAUUCGCUUCGGUACUUAUAUUACAUCCACAGUUUCGCCUGGUCAUACCGACGAGAGUAAAAACAUUGGGUUCGUGGUGUCAUACCAGCCUGGAAAGACUGACAUCCAACGCACAAAUACUCGUACGCUUUCGAGCAAUUUUGUCAAACAACCUGGUCAGGUCGAAGAAGAGUCAUUGACCACGGUGGCGGUCGACGAGCCUGCGGCGCUCUCGGGGCUGAUGGGCCUGCUGUCCGGUCAUCGACCCAAACCCCAAACACCGACUCGAAAGCUCGCCUUCAAGGCGCCGUAUUCGCAGUCGUCGGCCGCGGUGACGGGUGAGGGGCCACGCUUGAGCGAGACACAGCAGGUUGUGAGUAUCUGUGCUGAUGUCGAGAGACUGGCCUUCAAAGCGCAGCCUGGAAAGGACGUGCCUGGAACCAAGAGCAUCAUCGAGAGGAGUGACAUCAUCUCAUUGGAGGACGCACAUGCAAACACGACGAUUUUAGACCAGUUGAGCCACUCUAUCAAGAGGCUUGUUUGGGCGUAA